UUUUUUUUUCUAAAUCAUCAUCAGUCUUACAAUUAGAAUUGAAUCAACUCUAAUUGUAAUUUGAUUUGAGUUCAUUUUUCAUAAGUCAGUUGAGAAUCAAUUUGAUUACAUUAUGGACAUUUCGUUCAAUGGUAAACGAGCUCUUGUCACUGGAGCAGGAAGAGGGAUUGGGAGAGAGACCGUUAAAAGGUUGGUGAAACUCGGUGCCGAUGUCGUUGCUCUGAGUAAGACACUCGAAAAUCUUGAAACUCUCAAAGCAGAGUUACCAUCAAUUAAGAUUGUUCAAUGUGACCUGGCACAUUGGAAUGAGACAAAAAGUGUAAUAUCUUCAUUGGAUACAAUUGAUUUACUGGUUAACAAUGCGGCAUUUGGACAAAAUAAUGCCAUUGGAACCGUCGAUGAGGAAAUUUGUGACAUUCAUUUUAAUAUCAAUGUAAAAGCGAUCAUCAAUGUUACUCAGCAAGUUGUUGCUAAACUUAAGGCCGAAGGUAAAUCGGGAUCGAUUGUCAAUAUCUCUAGUCAAGCGGGAAUGGUGGCCUUACAAGAUCAUGUGGUCUACUGUGCAUCGAAAGGUGCUGUUGAUCAGAUAACUCGAGUUUCAGCUUUAGAACUUGGUCCAUUUAAUAUUCGUUGUAAUUCUGUCAAUCCGACCGUUGUUCUUACUGAAUUGGGUAGAAAGGGUUGGUCAGAACCGACCAAGCGAGAUUGGAUGUUGAACCAAAUUCCACUUCGUCGAUUUGCCGAAGUAGAUGAAGUUGUGGACGCUAUUGUUUUCCUUCUUAGCGAUCGAUCUUCAAUGAUCAAUGGUGCUAUUCUUCCGAUUGAUGGUGGAUUCACCGCUUGUUGAUCAUCAAUAUCAUCUUGAUUGGUCAAUUCACCUAAUUGGACAUUCGUCUUAUACAAAUUAUCAACUAAUUGCAACAUUUACCUGGUUUCAAAUGGGAAUUUCAAAACGAUCUUUUCAUUUAGUAAUAACGUCAUUGAUUAAGUUUUAAUAACGAUUUAUUGGAUUAUAUAAAAAAAAGACGAGGAAACAAAUCAACCGAUUAAGAUUUGACUAUUGAUUAAUUAGUCUCGUAAAUUGUUUGAUUGAAACUGAAUUUGUAACAUUUUAACAUUAAAUUGUUGAUGAAAAAAUAUUCAUAAUUAA